AUGGGACUGUGCAAUGAGGCGGCUCACACCCGAGCGUACAAACCAGCCGAUCAAUGCUACCCCCUCCCGACGUUCAUCCUUGUGUUUGACUGCAAGAGGGCCACGGCUUGUGAGUUUCUCACCAGCAAGGGGCAAAACCGGCCCAGCACGAGCUUCACAGGACACCCGGUCGCUGCAGCCGGAGCGCUGAUCGACUGUCUCGGCACCCACGCCCGCCGCGAUAACAGGGAAGAAGUCGCGGAGACUGAACAGAUAUAG